AUGCCCAGAGGCCCUUCUGAAGCCACUCCUUUCCUCUGUCCUAACUGGUCAGGCUCUGCUGUGAAAGUCUGCUACUUCCCCAGCUGGGCCCAGUUCCAGUUGGGGACAGCUCCAUUCUUGCCCAAUGAUGUAGAGCCCAACCUUUGCUGGGAUUAAAGGCGUGCACCACCACACCUGGCUUUCAUGUAUGAUUUUGCUGGCAUGGCCAACCACCAGCUCAGCUCUGUACAGUGGAAUGACAAGAUUCUCUAACAGGGGUUGAGUGGCCUGAAGGAGAUGAACCCUAAGCUUAAGACUCUAUUAGGCAUCGGGGGCUGGAACUUUGGCACUAAGGAGUUCGCAGACAUGAUGGCCACAGCCCACAACUGGCAGCCCUUUGUUAGCUCAGCUGUCAAGUUGCUGCGUACUCAUGGCUUUGAUGGCCUUGACUUUGACUUGGAAUACCUAGGAAGCCAAGGGAACCUGGGCAAGAAGCAUUUCACAGCCCUGGUACAGGACGUGGCCAAGGCUUUCCAGCCAGAAGCACAGACCUCCAGGAAGGACCAGCCGGAUGCUGCUAGUCACCUGUGGCUGUGGGAGGGGACCCCCGCCAGCAGCCUGAUCCUUGACACACCCACCUAUGGGCGACCCUCCACCCUGGUCUCCUCAUCAGACACCAGAGUAGGUGCCCCAGUCACAGGGACUGGUGCCCCAGGGAGGAGGCCACUGGCUUACUGUGAGAUAGGAAACACCAAUUGCCGUCCUGAGUAUUGUGGAGGCCCGGGGCUCCCCGCAUUUCCUGUGUUCCUACAGGUCUGCUCCUGGGAGAGGAAACACAGAACCAAGGACCAGAAGGCCUACAUCUUCCAGUUCAACCAGUGGGUGGGUUUUGAUAACAUAGAGCGCUUCAGAGCCAAGGUGAGCUAUCUGAAGCAGAAGGGCUUAGGUGGCGCCAUGGUCUGGGCCCUAGACUUGGAUGACUCCACCGGCUCGUUCUGCAACCAGGGCCGAUACCCUCUCGUCCACAUGCCGCAACGGGGCUCAGGGUGGGGGCAGGUGUUCCAGCAGAGCUGUCCCCCAGACCUGGUGUUCAGAUCUUCUUGCAAGUGCUGGCCCUGGAGUUGA